AAGAACUGUUACUUGAGCGGACCUCCGCUGGGAGGGCAUUCCAGCGGUCAGAGCCAAGGAAAGUGACAGAAAAUAAACCAUAGCGACGUUUGGCUGUCGGAUAAGGAUAUGACCUCCAACUUCUGUCGUCUGAUACUUCCGUGGAUAUCCGGAUCAUUUUGUUCAGUCGCGUUAGCAGCCUAACUGUCGAACCUGACAGCAGAUUAUGCCGAUGUACUCCGUGUGGUGUAGAACAGGUGUGCAUUGGUGGUCGAUUCACAUGGCUUCGCCAGUUGUGUGGAUUAGACAGUUAUCUGGCGCAAGUCUUGAUCUGUAUCAUUCAGAUCUUGUUCGCUAUCGUUGCUAUAAGAGAAAAUCUGUGGGUGCACAUCCAGUGCAUUUGCAGAUUUGCGUGCUUCUCUUGCGACGGGUGUAUACAUGGUGGUGGUGUGUGCGUGUGUGUGUGUGUGUGUGUCCGUGUAUGUGUGUCCGUGUGUGUGUGUGUCCGUGUGUGUGUGUCCGUGUGUGUGUGUCCAUAUGUGUGUCCGUGUGUGUGCGUGUGUGUGUGUGCGUGUGUCCAUAUGUGUGUCCGUAUGUGUGUGCAUGUGCAUGUGUGUGUGUGUGUCCGUGUGUGUGUGUGUGCAUGUACAACGUAGAUGUGUCCAUUGCAAGGAUGCGACUUACCCGCCGUGUUAUCCCCGUCCAGUGAUUGCCGUGCUGGACUUCAGUCCGCCAGUCUGUGAGCUGGCCACCGAGAAAGCACAACUCGAGAUGGAGUAUCUUCGCCUACACAGCACAACUGCCGGGUCUGACAGCAACCCUGCCUACCCGGCUGAGCAGGAGACAGUGGAGUUGUGCAGGUGAGAGGAGACUGCGGCGUUGAUGAAACUGUUUGCGUUGGCCUGUAAAACGGAUCGUGAGUAGCGAGCACUGGACAUCUGCACUCUCCUGCCCACGGAACACACUAUGUCCCUGGCACAGCGCUAUGCCUCACGCGUCCACCGGAUCAACCUGGCCCAGCGUAUCGAUGAUCUAAUCGAUCAGAAAGCCCAGCAAGCUGAGUUUGAUGAGGAUGCCAGACUCAUUGCCGGUUUUGGCUCUCAGAUCGGUGGCAGUACCUAUCCUAUCUCCUCAGCUAGAAGUAGCUCUACGUUGGAUAGUACUUAUGAACAUCGCAGUUCCACCGUAUCAUCCUAUUCAACUCUGAACCGUUCCUCUCUGCCUGCGUCCACAUCAUCAUCAUCAUCAUCAUCAUUAUUAUCGACGACCAACUGUAGCAGCAACGGCAAGCCUCGACUGCAGCCGCGUGCUCAGCUGGUCGAGCGACAUCGUCAGCACCGCAAAGCAGGGUCGGUAGUGUCCAGUAGUAGCAUUGCUGCUGCUACGGCUGCUGGACCGGCAUCACCGUCGUCAGUUUCUCAGCACACUGGUGGCAGCAGUCGGCAAGACUCCAAGGCUGUGUCGUCACGACAAGAGGACGACAAUGAUGUCACGGAGAGCGAAAACCCGGAGUUUGACGAUGGUGGCGGCGAGGAUCUGAACAAUGUCGAUUUCGAAGAGGAAAACGAGGAUGAGUGGGCAGCUGCGGAUGAGGAUAUGUCCGACUCUGAGAGCAAGGCCGGCCGUAAGACUGCGUCAAAGAUACCCACCACACCAAAGUCUAAAACCGCCGGCAAAGGUUAUGGUGGCAUGGCCACAGCAAAUCCCUUCCAAUUGUCCGGUAGUAGUUCACUAGCAUCACCGACAACACCAUCAGAUCGUGGCGGCAGCUACCUGGAUAAGCUUAGUUCUACAACACCGGUAUCAUCUCGUAAGAGGAAUACAGAGAAGAGUCCUGUGCCGACAAGCAGCUCCGUCAAGCCGCUAAAGGAAAAGAACGGUACGAAGGGCACAGGCAGUGGCAGUGGCAACAGCAGCACUGCUGGUACAGGCAAGCAAAAGCGCGUCCAGGCAUCUCUUCUCUCCUCCAUCUCUGGCAAACCGUCAGCUGGUACGACUACCUCAGUGGCACCUGUCCACUCAACGGGUACUACCGAGAUGGUGAUGGCGGCUAAGGGCAAGAAAGGACGGCCGAAAAAGUGCGUGAAGAAAGGCGAGGAGGCAGCGUUCACCGUGUGGUUCUCUGGUCAGGAAGACGGCUUGAAAGACGAGUUUCCUCAUAUGUCGGCCAGUGCUCUUCGUGAAGAAGCAGAACGACGCUGGGGUGCUUUGCCCGCUGAUGACAAAGAGAACCUGACAGCAGAAGCAAAGGCGGCUGCUAAGGCCAAGGCUGGUGCUGUGUUUGGCCGCAAGGCUCCCAGGACAUCCACAGCGAAUGGUGACCCAGGUCCUGCUGCUGCUGCAGUGUUAUCGUCGUCGCCAUCACCCUUGGUGACCGACAGUCUGGAAGACAACAUUGUAGAGAAUAGCCUGGACGCUACGCCACUUCUAGACUCGGUGAAUGCUGCUAAUGCCAGCGGUGACAACGUCUCCGCCGUCACCUCCAUCGGCCUCCUUGAUGACCGUACUUGUCUGUCACCGCCGGUCAAGCGGUCGCGUGGUGCACGCUUCAUAGACAGCGAUGAUGACGAGGUUGAUGAUGCUGUGGAGAAUGGCGGUAGUGCUGCUGCUGCUGCUGCCACAGAACAAGCUGCUCCGGCCGCCAAGCGAGCAAAGCUGCCGGAAGCGAGCACGGCCAACAUUGUAGCGCAGUCCACAAAGGCGUCUGCGCAGAAGCUUGCGAACUUCGCGUUCGCCAAGUAAUCCACGCCAGGAAUGUGCCCCACCGGCACUUUAUUAUCAUAACUAUUAAUUUGUAUUUGUAUCUCAGGCAUUGCAGGCAGGCCUCCUAGAAUUCCACCCCCGUUUGCCUAGCCCCCCCCCCCCCCCCCCGUAGUGUAGCUUAGGCACAUGAUAUCUACUGCGUAGUGGGUAGCGACGUUUGUGAAUGUCGUGUUUGCGUGCAACUUCACCCACUGCCUUAUCUAUAGCUUUGGUGGAUUCGUUUUGGUCUUCGGCUUUUUCACCCGAAAAAAAUCGGGUGACCGUUUCCAUGCCAACCAGUACUGUUACUUCGAAGUACUCAUCUGUAGACAGAUGAAAUUAGAACGGUCUAGGCCACAAGGCUGCCCCCCCCCCUCACCCCCCCCCCCCCCAUCCCCUCCCCGCCCAGUUCUUCCGUGACCACCAGAACUGUAUGUGUUGAUAACAAAAAUCUACUUCAAGUAAUUUUUACUCUCCUCUCUCUGCGUUCGACUUUCCUCUCUCGAAAUUUGUUUACACUUCUCCCCGCUCGUACGAUCGUCUUCAAGUUUUGUAGUCCAUUAUUAUUAUUUUUUGUUUUUAUCUUUUUACAAUUUCUUUGCUACAUUGAUACGUAUUAUUAGCGCUGUGUUUUCCCUGUAUACCACUGGCAAUCGCUUUCUCUGCUUGCUUUCUUGCUUUUACUCAUCAGUUGUAUUGGCCUUUGUUCCGUUCUUUGUUGUCUGCAGUUGCUAGCUUCAUCUGCCGACAGAUGCACACUUUGUUAGCUUUUUAAAUCAUGCUUACAGGUAUUCCCGCAA